AUGUCGUCUUCCAAUGUCGCAGGUCAUCAGUCAUCGUCCCAACAAGUCGACCCUGCGGUCGAAAAACUCGUGCGUGAGACAAAGUCACUCAAGGCAAAGAUCGACCUUCUCGAGGCAGAGAACAAGGCCCUCAAGAAGAGUCUUUACGAGCUGUCUUACAUAUACUCUGCAUAUAUCGGAAAAGCCCAGCACAAUGGACAACAGAAUCGGUCGUCAAACAGCAACAACAACAGUAAUAGCGCCGCCACCGACGACGAUACGGACAACAUAGUAGGAACAUCCUCCUAUCGACAUGACGACGACGCUCACAGCGACAUGGCCUUGGCAGUGGGUCAGCUCUUGUCUAGCAUGUCGGUAACCCAGCAGAAACAGGGAGCCGAGGCAGGAACACCCAAUACAGCCAGUGGCUCAGAUCCCAGCUCACGAGACCUGGAUGCGAAACUCAAAAGCGCCGCCGAUCUAAUCAAAGUCGAGGAAGAAGGCGUGCGACGGUUGAACAUGGGAAGCAUUGUCUCGAGACAGGAUGGGGCAUCAAAAUCUGACGGCAGACAAUUCUUCCUAAAGAACGAUCUCAAAGGACACCAAGGAGCGGUCUAUGCAGUCCAAUACUCGCCCAAUGGAAAGUUCCUCGCAACCGGCUCGUUCGACAAGACCGUAAGGAUCUGGGAUGGCACCACAAACCAGAAUGAGCUAUAUGUGCUCAAAGGUCAUGGACUCAAUAUCUCAGAUCUCGCAUGGGGCCAUGAUUCGUCCCUCUUGCUGUCGGCUGCCUACGACAAGACCUGCAAACUGUGGGAUGUUGAGUCAGGAAAUCUACUGGAUAGCUUUGAGGGCGAAGGUUUUGUCCAAUGCGUGCGGUUCCAUCCCCAUGACAAUAGUAUAUUUUUCAAUGGAACGACGCGCAACAUGCUGAGCAUGAUCGACACCAGAAAAGACAGCAGCGCUCCGUCAGGACCACCAAUUACCAUCAAAAAUGACGCCAUGGUCAAUUCAAUCUAUGUAUACCACGACGGGUUGACGGUUAUUUCGGGUGACUCUUCAGGAUAUCUCAAGACAUGGGACAUGAGAAUGGGCAGGGUAUUGCAGUCGAUCUUAAACGAGCCGACAAAGAGCCCUAUUUCGCAUAUUGCAGUUUCUAAACAGCGUGGAUCGAUAGAAGAGACAAAUAUUGCGGACACGGAAGAACAGGAGUCUCGCUGGCUCGCUGUCAAUAGUUAUGAUAAUGUAAUUCGGGUAUAUGACAGAGGGUUUGAGCCCCCAACGACUGUUCCUCGCCUUAUCCACUCCUUGAAGGGCUACAGGAACAAGCAUUGGCCCAUCAAGAGCGCGUUCUUUCACGGAAAAGAAUAUAUUGCAGGGGCUGCUACCAGACGGUCCGGCAAGGUUCGGGGCGCAGAUGGAGAUGAACCACAGUCAAUUCUGUCUGAUAAAGACAUCCCUCUAGAAUCUAGUCUUAUUCUUGCGUCGGGCAGUAUGGACCCAUACGUGUACUUGUUUGAUGUUGGCGCAGGCGAUGGUCAAUACGACCUGCUUCAGAAGCUGUCUGGUCAUACAGAUCGUGUAUACGACGUAGACUUCCAUCCGAUCGACCAUGUCUUGGCCUCAGGAUCUGCAGACUUUAGCGUUAAAGUGUGGGGUCGUGCCUCAAAGAGGAAGAAAUAA